AUAUGCCUAGUUUGCAUGGAAGAAAUUUGUACGCACCAUCGCAAGAGGUACAUUAUGGUUAUCAAAGAUAUCACACACCUGUGCAAGAGCAAAUGCAAGGAUAUACGGAACUUCAGCAACCAAACUACAUGCAACAAGCAGAAGGUUAUGUUCAGGGCGCCCAGACCGCAUUUGAAACAAGACCCCAAGUGCCUUCACAUCUAAUUUUACCGCGAAGGUUGCCACAUUUGAGACAGAGAAUCAGGAGAAGAAACAGGACAAUUAGAGGCCACAUAUCAAAUAUCCAUUUGGUCACUGAAGACAUCGCGCACAGCAACCGAGAACACAGCACAGCUACCAGCCUUACAGGAUCAGUGACGAGUGGACCAAUCCCGCAAACUGCUGUCGACCUUGAAGGGAGUCAAGAGAGGCUGUCUCGAUUGACUUCAGCUGUAACCGCACUGGAAGAAUCAUCAGGGAUAGGAGAAAAUUUCGAGUGUAACAUUUGCUUCCAGAAGGCAAACGAAGCAGUGGUGACCUGCUGUGGCCAUCUCUUCUGUUGGCCAUGCUUGUACAGAUGGUUACAUGUGCACUCUUACCACAAAGAGUGUCCAGUCUGCAAAGGAGCCAUAGCUGAGUACAGCAUCACGCCGAUUUAUGGGCGUGAAGAUGCUAUUGCCUCAGCCAGAAUGCAGGGUGGACUUGGGUCUGAGAGAAUACCUCCACGUCCUGCUGCUAGGAGGAUAGAGAGCGCGAGGCAACAGCGGGAGAGAGAGGAGCGCGAACGUGAACGGGAGCUUCGAGAAGCAGAAGCCAGGGAGAUAACCAAUCAAGAACGGAUGCAAGGCACAGAAAUUGAUCAAGUAGCCGCAGUGAUUGUAGAAGAGGGUGAUCUACGGGCUACUGGUUCUGAAGCUUUAACUUCCGAGGCAACGCCCCAAAGAGAAGAGGAUAUCCCAUCGGGAGGUGUAGACACUGCAGCAAGGUUACAAGACAUGGAAGGUGGUGUGAGUCAGUUUAGUGGAGAGGCAGGCGAACCAACCGAAUAUUCUCAUAGUGGCUACUUGCAACGUAGAUUGGCCUUUAGAAGAGAGCAAGUGAGGCAAGCUUUGGCAAAUACUGGGGAUAAUGCUGGCAUAAAUCAAAAUCCAGGAUCGAGAAGCGUAGAAGGACAGCAAAUGCUGGCAGCUAAUGCUCUGUUGUCACAAGAGUGGGAGCAUAUAAUUAAUGGAAGCCGUUUUAUGGUGGAUCCUACACAGGCCGCAGCUUCUUUGGCAUCAAUUCAUGCGCGGCUAGCAGACAUGGAGGAGCAUGCGGAGCCCAACUCUGAUGCCGUACAACAAAGAAGGCGGAUGAUAGCUUCAGCCGUCUCUCAGCUUUCUCAACAACCACAAGAAGACUCCGACAACCGCUUGACAGUACACCCAUCCCAGGUUUCAGACUGGAUCAUUACCAUGCGAGCCCGCCUUGACAACAUCGAGCAAAUUGUGCAUAAUUUGGAGGGUCCCAUAGGAGGAAAUCGAAUGCCACAGUUAAUCAACAGUCCAGAUUUAGGAGGAGUCAAUCCAGUUCAGUUGACCGAUACUGAGGUUCUGAGUACGAAUGAGUUCCUCUCUGACCUUAAUGCAACUUCAGCCCCACGGGAACUCGUCUCUGACUCCGAGCGAAGUCCAGAUCCUGAUCCAGGAUUGAAUGCCGCUAAUGAAAGCCAAAGCAGUCCCGAGAGGAUACUACCAGAGACUCAAGUGGUGAGAAGGUCGAGGAGGAGAAGAGAACACGGUGAAGAGGCUUCACAUACAGCUGGCCAUGAGGAAGGUACAGAAGCAUCCCAUGAGAGCCAGGUGCUUGUCACCCGCAAAAGAAGGAGGCGGUUGGAUUGAUGUUAAACUUGUCUCAAAACAGCAAGAGUUUGACGGACUCCUCGCCAUGUAAUUUCUUGACCUACUUGUGCAUCGCGUAGAUUAGAUGCAUCCCACAUUUCUUCAAACCGCGUAUUGGGAAGUCCUGAACCUUCACGUUCUGUUGGAGAGGUCGCUAACUCCAAUGAGAUCAGAAGUUGUGUGAGGGUAGAGAAGGUGGUGAGAGGUGUCUUGAAGUGAUACGGGAAACUGCAGAAACCUGCGAAUUUCAGCAGAUUCUUAUCUUGUUGUGUAACCGGCCAUGACAAGUUUCAUUGUCAAACAAAAACUAUGAAACCUACCAUUCAAUAGGAUCAAGACAUAGAACA